UUUAAUAUUUCACCAUUAGAAGAAAUAAUGUAAAAGAUUCUGUCAAUCAUUGAGAAUUUCUCCCUUUGGACAUUUUUAGUUCUACUUACUGUAUACCUUUCUCAGAGAUUUCUUUUUUGAUGCCAUGUUCUGUGGCUUACAUCAAAAGAGGAGUUUGUCUUCAUGAAGAUUCCUAACAUUGGUAAUGUGAUGAAUAAAUUUGAGAUCCUUGGGGUUGUAGGUGAAGGUGCCUAUGGAGUUGUACUUAAAUGCAGACACAAGGAAACACAUGAAAUUGUGGCAAUCAAGAAAUUCAAGGACUGUGAAGAAAAUGAAGAAGUCAAGGAAACGACUUUACGAGAGCUUAAAAUGCUUCGUACUCUCAAGCAGGAAAACAUUGUGGAGCUGAAGGAAGCCUUUCGUAGGAGAGGAAAAUUGUACUUGGUGUUUGAAUAUGUUGAGAAAAAUAUGCUUGAGUUGCUGGAAGAAAUGCCAAAUGGAGUUCCACCUGAAAAAGUAAAAAGCUAUAUUUAUCAACUAAUCAAAGCUAUUCACUGGUGCCAUAAGAAUGAUAUUGUCCAUAGAGAUAUAAAGCCUGAAAAUCUGUUAAUCAGUCACAAUGAAGUUCUGAAACUAUGUGACUUUGGUUUUGCUCGGAAUCUCUCAGAGGGCAAUAAUGCUAAUUAUACAGAGUAUGUGGCUACUAGGUGGUAUCGAUCCCCAGAACUCUUACUUGGAGCUCCCUAUGGGAAGUCUGUAGACAUGUGGUCAGUGGGCUGUAUACUUGGUGAGCUUAGUGAUGGACAGCCCUUAUUUCCUGGAGAAAGUGAAAUUGACCAACUUUUUACUAUACAGAAGGUGCUAGGACCACUUCCGUCUGAGCAGAUGAAGCUCUUUUAUAGUAAUCCUCGCUUCCAUGGGCUCCGGUUUUCCAGCUUUAAUCAUCCUUCUCAGUCAUUGGAGAGAAGAUACCUUGGAAUUUUAAACAGUGUUUUACUUGACCUAAUGAAG